AUGAACUCGGUUCCAGGCACACUGAUGCCCUUUCUGUACCCCUGCCUCUUCCAGUCCACCUCAAAGUCUCUUCCAUCUCGUUGUCUACGUCUACGUCUAGAUCUACCCAAGUGCAUACAACGAGACUUGCACCGGACGGCACGAGUCCAUCGACCUUCACUCUCUGAGCAGAAUGCCUCUCUCCGGUCUAGCGCUCUCGAACCACCUCCAACCUUUCCGACAUCGACAACGUCGUCCACCUCAACCCACCUCAACCCAGCCCCGGAUGACUACUCGCGCAGCAUCUUUAUUGACAAAUGCGUCAUAACCAUUGCCUCCGGCAGCGGCGGCUCCGGCUGCGUGUCCUUCCUCCGCGACGCCCACAUCUCUGAUGGUCCACCGAACGGAGGCGAUGGCGGUAGUGGAGGAAGCAUUUACAUCCAAGCCGUGUCGGGGCAGACCUCUCUACACAAGCUAGCCCGCAGGGGAAUCAUAAAAGCAGGACGGGGCAUUGGCGGACAAGGCAAAUCGCAAGGUGGGCGGCGAGGAGAGGACAUCUGCGUACAAGUCCCCGUGGGUACCGUGGUGCGGGAGAUCUGGCGGAGCGAUCCCGCCGUCGAGGAGGAACACCGCCUGAAGGAGCUGCGCGCUACGAUGACCGACGACGACAUCCUGGCCCUGCCGCCCGAGCAGAGCGGCCUGCGGAACAAAUUCGUCAUCUACGCCGGCGCGACAACCACCGCCGACAGGACCCAGAUCGCCGGCACCCUCCCGUCGCUGACCUCGUCGAUCAUGAAACCCCGCCGCUCGCACCUCUCCAUCCUCCAGCCGCCCGCGCCCAUAACGCUCGACUUGGACAAACAGAUGGAAAGUCCCAUGCUCCUCGUCGCGGGCGCCAUAGGAGGCCUAGGAAACCCGCACUUCGCGACAAAGGAAGACCCGAAGCCGAAAUACGCCACAAAGGGCGCCCUCGGCGUUCGCAUCAAGCUGGAACUCGAGCUGAAGCUGCUCGCCGACGUCGGGCUGGUGGGCCUCCCCAACGCCGGCAAAAGCACCCUCACACGCGCGAUUUCCAACUCCCGCACCCGCAUCGGAGACUGGGCAUUCACAACGCUCUCCCCCACCAUCGGGACCGUGAUUCUAGACAACAACGUCGGCCGGCCCCUCGUGCGGAGCGGCGUGCCCUCGUCCUCGCCCUCGCCAGGCCCUUCUACCAACGCAUCAGACUCGACGUCCACUUCCACGGCCAUAAUCCCCCGCCAGCAAUUUACCAUCGCGGACAUCCCAGGACUGAUCGAGGACGCCCACCUGGAUAAAGGCCUUGGCCUCUCCUUCCUGCGACACAUUGAGCGCGCGCGCAUCCUAGCCUUUGUCGUCGACCUCUCCGCCGGGGACGCCGUGGCGCAACUCAAAGCCCUGUGGAAGGAAGUCAGUGAGUACGAGAACCUGCGCGACCGCGAAAUCAACGCGCAGUCGGAACAACACGGCGGUGAAACCGUCCCGUGGUCACCGUUCGAGGCACGCUCCCCCACGUCAACGGCAGGAGGAGCAGCAGCAAGCGGAAGUGGGGGGCUCGUCAACGAAGAAGGCGCCCCGAUCUCCGUCUUCCCUUCGCCCUCUGCGUCUGGCGGCAAGCCGGGCCUCGAACCACUGACUUACCCACCCAUUAGCGCGAAGCCGUGGUUCGUGAUCGCAACCAAAGCAGACAUACCCUCGAUCAGUGGCAACGCCUCUCCCGGUCCCGGGGAUACUGGCACCACCGGAAGUAAUGGUGGUGGUGGUACUCGUAGCGGUCCAUCCACACAAUCCAACUUCCUCUCCCUGCAGGCGUACAUGAAAUCCGUCGAACACGGCACGAUCGCCCAUCCGAGCGGGAAGCCCAACGGUUGGAAAUCCCGCAUUGCCGCCAUCCCUGUGAGUGCGAUUCGAGGCGAGGGCAUCGACCGGGUCAUUCGCUACACGGCGGGCGUGUUGGAUAGUCUUGUCGUCGGUCAGUAG